CAGGUGAUCGAAUCCACCGAAGCUUGUUGUUCCUUUCUCAGAACAUUUCAUAAAUAUCGCUUUCUUCAGGGUAUAAUAUUCUAAACUAUUCUGCUUAAUUAAGUUACUUUCAUUAUGGCGGCAUCAGUAAUGAAGGUUGAGAUGGAAAUAGAGGCGUGUUGCAUUUGCGGCGGCGGCGGCGAGCUGAUGAGCCCGGAGGAGCACGACGCCAGCACCACGGUGAUGCUCGCGCCGCUGCGGACGAUGCUCAUGCACCUCAACAACAAUAAGGUGGUCCCCGACGGCCGAUUGUGCGCAGACUGCAUCAGGCGAACCAUAGAUUCAUACGAGUUCAGUACUACAUUGUCAACAAAAUCGGUGCCUCCUCUCAGCGAGAAGAUCCGCGCUCUUCGUCGCAGAUUGCACGAGUUGACUCAGAAGAUUGACGUGUUUAUCGUCGUUGGAGGUCCCGGAGUCAACGCCGGAGGCACGUAUAGCGAGGAGGACAUCAUCAUGGUGGAAAAGGAUGCAUUGGCAGCAGCAUCGGCGGCCGAUGAUGAGGAUUUGGAGAGGGCAAGAAAUGCUCGCGGUGACACCGUUUAUCAAUGCUCUGUGUGCCCUCAUUCAUUCCAUCGCGUGUCGGAGUACCGCGCGCACUGCGCGACGCACCCGGCGGACGCGCUGCACUCGUGCUGGACGUGCGGCGCGCAGUUCGCGGCGCGCGACGCGCUGCGCGACCACGCGCGCGACCACGCCGACGCCGCGCUCGUCUGCCACCUCUGCAACACCACCUUCCAGAGCCAAGUGGAGCUGCGCCGUCACGAGGGCGGGUGCGCGGGCGCGUGCCCCGCGUGCGGCGAGUGGGUCGGCGCGCGCACAGCGCUGGCCGCGCACGCGCUGGCGAGACACGCGCGCUCGUCGCCCGCGCUGUGCGCCGCCUGCUUCCAGACGCUGCCCGGGCCCGCCGCGCUCGCCGCCCACAUGCUGCGCCAUAGGCAGGCCAAGCAGUACGUGUGUGGUUACGAUGGGUGCAUCCUGCGGUUUGGGACCAGGUAAGCAGUGUCUAGGAGA